UCAAUCCUUGCCAAGGCUGGAUUCGCUGGGGCCAGCAGUAGCACGAUAUACUGAAGCGUUGUCAAACUGCCGAUCCUGGCACAGUCAGAGGGUGUGGGAGCGAGAGAGAACUAGGUGAAUCUCAGUCCGCCCCCUCAAUUUAGAGUUUCCCAGGCUGCUGAUUGGGAGCGUCCAGCGAGUAGAAGCUGUCACCUUUUGAAGCUGACGGGGCACUCCCCGGAAAACAUCCGACAAUAAAGCGUUGACUGUGAACAGAUCGGCUCGGACAAGCAAGCCUGGCUGCUUUCAGCACCGGAUAGACACAGUCACCGCGCCAGCGCCGAGUAUCAACAAAGUUCGCGGUUUGACAGGUUGAAGCAGACCCCAACGGUAUGAUCGCUGACCGGCCACCUCCCCUAGAAUGAACAUUACACUGCUCAGAUCCUAGUGCAGCCACCUCCGACAGAAUGGCUCUCCAAAGAUGGCAGUGUUGCAUUUCAAUCAUUUGGAUGCUUCCUAAAGCUCGUAUUUCAUUCUUCCCUGCAAUCUUAUUUAUCCUUUUCUCUCUACUCCAAGUUCCUUCAGCUACACCCACUAGCCUUAAAGGUCAAAAGGCAGUUUUCCGACAUUCCAACAUAACCAAUGAAUAUGGGACCUUGUCACCAGGAACGAAGAUCCCUUCUCUUCAGGCCUUUACACUAUGCGUUGACAUCAGGCUAAAAGAGAUGAGUGCCAAUGGAGUGGCAGUAUUCACCUACAACACAGACAAACAGACUAAACCUUCCUCACUCAAGCAUGAACUUAGCAUCAUGGUGGAAAGUAAACACAUAGUCAUCUGGUUGUUCCGUAAGAGUAUCAGCGUGGAGAAAAUCCUUCCCUUACACACAUGGCAUUCUUUAUGUUUAACGUGGAAUUCUCAAAGACAUACCGCUCGGAUCUACGUGAACGGAACAUUGGAGGGUGAUAAAAAAACGGGUAAGAAAAUACUUGGCCAAAACGGGAGCCUGGUGCUUGGGAGGAGGCACAGACGUUUGGCAGAUCGGCUGCAGGUGGACCUCGAGAUGGCAUUUGUUGGAGAAUUGUACUUGUUCAGAUUAUGGGACCAUGAAAAAUCUAGUCAGUCUAUAGCUAAUCUGAACUGUGAAGACGGGAACAUCAUCACCUGGGACAGACAGCAGUGGGCCUUCAACGGAACAAUCUUGGAAGAUGACACCACAUUGGCCUGCUGUGAAAAUUGUUUCAAAUUGCGUUUCAAACAUUCAGCAGAAUAUGAACACCACGGUGCAAGAAUCUCACGGAGAUUGCUUGCGGUUGAUUCUACAGACUCUAUGAACGCCACAGUUACUACCAACACCACCACAUCGAUCACAACAGCUGGCGUUCUUUCCCACACCACUGUUGGCUCACUUGCUCCUACCACCAUUUCAGAUGUGGAGUCUACCACCACUCCCAGCGAGAAUAUUACAGGAAACAAUACAGAUAACCAAACUCUGAGCAUGAUGACAGUUCCACCAAAUUCAAAAGGUACUGAAAAUGUGAUCUUUAAAAACUUUGAGAAGUAUUGAACACCUGGUAGCAAAAUUAAGUAUUUCAGAUCCUUUGGAAAUUGUUCACAUGGUUUAUUGGAAAAAUGGUAUCGGGCA